CUCAAGAAAAAGGGGCAGGAUCACGCCACUGUUGCCUGUGUGCCUCCCGAGGCAAUGCGCAUUACGCACGCUACCCGUUAUCUCUCAAUCACAGCAGGAGAAUCGGAGAGCUUCUACACCGUCGCCGACGAUGAAAGCACAAAGUUCGGAUUUGAGCGGCCGGAGAUGUACCAAAGCAACCUCGUUGGCACCGUUGACCCAUACGAUCGCCACUUGUUCCUUUGCUACAAGUCUCACGAAUCGUGGCCUUCCCGCGUUGAGGAUUCUGACUCCGAUCCGCUUCCCAAGCUCCUCUCCUCCGGUCUUAAAGCUCGCAAAAACGAUAUCAGUGUUAAGACUCGGCUGACCAUAUGCGAGGGAGUUGAUGAACUAGCGUUGUCGGAUGGAGAUGUUUUGGUUUUCCCUGAUAUGAUCGUAUACAGGGGCUUGAAAGACUCAGAUGUGGAUGGUUUUAUUGAGGAUGUGCUAGUGAAUGGAAAGCCCUGGGCAUCAGGAGUUCAGGAGGCUUUGACUGGUACCUAUGUGUUUAUCUGUGCUCAUAAUAAUCGAGACAGGCGGUGUGGUGUCUGUGGACCUGUUCUGAUGGAGAAAUUCAAAGAGGAUAUUGAAUCAAAGGGUUUACAGAAUCAGGUGGUUGUUACUGCUUGUUCGCAUAUUGGCGGCCACAAGUAUGCAGGGAAUGUGAUAAUUUUCAGUGCUGAUGCUGAAGGAAAAAUUUCUGGCAAUUGGUAUGGUUAUGUCACCCCCAAUGAUGUGUCUGAAUUGAUUGAUCAACAGAUUGAGAAGGGAGAGAUCAUUGAACGAAUCUGGAGGGGCCGAAUGGGUGCACCUGUUGAGGAAACUGGAAAAGUUGAAGAACCUAAGCUUGCAAAUGGAACGAAUCUUAACAGUAACGAGAAGCAACCUCUAGAAAGUGGUACUGAAGGGAAGGAAAGUGUGGGAAGCUGCUGCCAAGGUGCCAAUGGAUUCUCAUGUUGCAGAGAUGAGAAUUUUGAGAAGCCUGCAAAGAAGGGGUCGGGUAGACUCUCAUGCUGGAUAGGAAAAUGGGAGCAGCGUGAAAUUCUCACAGCCGUUACCGUUGUUGGUGCGGUGUCUACUGUUGCCGUGGCUUAUGGAUUAUAUCGAAAGUCAAGGUGAAAUUUGCAAUAUAACCUAUCACGUACUUUUCACUGUUGGGAGAUACAUGCCCUCUUUUUUGUAGAUAGGUAUAAUUAGAUCAAUAAAUAAAUUCUCUGAACCACGUGUUCGUGAAAAAAAGUAAAGUACGUAUACAUUCAUCUGAAUUUUAAGAUGAAAACCUUGGCUAUAUGAAGUUUAAGCAUGUUUCUUUUUUCCGAGGUGUUUCUCCAUAUUAAGAUAUGUAUUUCAUUUAGUACACACUGGUGACUGGUUUGUAUCAAUACUCAUUCUCAUUUCAUUAUAUUUGGAACUGUUUACUUCUGGUUUUUGCA